AUGUUAAGAGAGGAUUUAACAAUAUUUCCUAAUACUCCAUAAAUAUAAAGUCUUUUUAAUCCUACUCCAAUUAACCCUAUGACUGCUUUUGUUGCAAGAUCCUGUUAUAAGUAUAAUUAACUACAGAGAAACAAAUAAUAAAGAAUCGUUAUAUAACAUAUACCUUCUAAACAUAGACCAAAUGAAUAGAGACAGAUAUCUUUACCAAGAGCAUUGUAAGCCAUAAAGAAAUAACAAUUAGAAUGUAUUUAAUUAUAACUUAAUAUAUAGCUUUAAGAAGAUAAUCUCAUUAAAAGGAUGGGACUGUAAGUUUAGUUUUUUCAGAUGUAAAACAGGAGGAGUUGAUCUUAUAGAAGAUUGAUAAAUUCUAAUAUUUGUAGCAUAAACUAUAAACAAGUAAUGAUGAUUUAGUCGAUGAAAAAAAGUCAAACAUGAAUGAAUUAAAGAAGUCAACUUCUAAAAUAAAAAAUGUGAUUGAAAACGAUAAAACAAGAACUAUAUUAUAAAAUAUAUUAGGAGGAAUGUAAUAGAAAAUUGAUGAAGUUGCACAUGAGAAUCACAUGAGAAUAAUGGGAAUGCAAAUCAAGUCAUUCAAAUUACAAGAAUAAUAAUCUAUUAGAAGUAAAGCUAUGUCUCAAGAGAAAGAGAGAGAGACCUCAAAAUCAUAUGCUGAAAAAAGAGAUUUGUAUAGUCGUUCAGUUUAGAAGAGAAGACAUUAAUCACCUUCAAAUAAAAUGAAAAAUAUUUCAUAAUAAAGUAUGAAGACAAAUCAAAAUUUCAGAUUUUCACUAACAGAUUACUCAUCAUUAAGUAGAGAAUAGUUAUUUUAAAUGAAAUUACUAAGUUACCACUAUUUGAUUUUUAUUGUGUCUACACAAAGUAAUUUUUAUGUUUAACCAUCUGAAAAUGUGACUGAGUUAAAAUUCAAAGUUGGAAAAGGAAACAAUAGUUUAUUAAUAAAAGAGCUAUUUAAAUCUAGAUGGUGGUGGAAUUUAAAUCAAGAAGCCGAUAAUAGGGAAUUAAAUUUUAUUUGGACAUAAAUUAAGGUUCCGUAAUUUAUGAAUCUAUAAGAAUGGAGCAAAGAUCCAUUUAUUACAAGAUAAAAGUCAUUGUCUUAAACAUCUACUGAUUUAAGAAAAACAAGAAGACAACAGCAAUCUCCUAAAAAUAAUAAACAAAGUUAUAAAUUUGGAAAAUUUGAUGAUCCAUUGUAGAAAUUAAUUAUAGAAUAAGAUGUGAAUGAACUAAAAUCUUUAGAAAAGUCUAUUUAAAGUUUUAUUAAAUAUGCUGAAAAGAAGGACUUAAAACUAAUUGAGAAUGUUAAUAAAGUAAUAAAGUAUCCAAUUAUUUAGAUUCACAAUCAUAUCGAGAGAAAUUACCAUCUAGGUAAUAAGAAAGCCAUGUUCCAUAAUAUGAAGAAAUAUUAUGAAUUAACAAAGCAAGAGCUAUUUCUACAUUUACCUAUCACAUUCCAUGUUUCUGGACUCAAAGACAAAUCAUAUUAAUAGUUUAUGGAAUAUUAUAAAUAGAAGUAUUUUAGAAAUAUUUAAAAGGAAGGGAAACAAUAUCUGGAUUGUAAAGCCAGGAGAAUUUACCAACAGAGGAAAUGGAAUCAUUGUUUGUUAAUCCUUAGCUGAAAUUCACAAAAUUGUCAGCAAAAGGCAAGUGCAUCCCAAUGGCAAACCAUUUACAUAUUUGAUACAAAAAUACAUUGAAAAACCGUUCUUAUACAAUAAAAGAAAAUUUGACAUCAGAUGUUACUUUUUGAUAACUCAAUUAAAUAACAUUAUAAGAGCCUAUUGGUAUGAAGAAGGUUACAUCAGAACUUCAAGUGAAGAAUUUGAUAUUAAAGAUGUUAGUAAUUAGUAUGUGCAUUUAACUAAUGAUGCUAUUUAAAAAUAUAGUGAAGCUUAUGGAAAAUAUGAAAAUGGGAACAAGUUGUCUUUUGCAGAAUUCUAAAGAUAUCUAGAUAAAUGGCAUAGCAAUGAGCAUUUGAAUUUCUAUAAGGAUUUAUAUCCCUAAUUGAAAAUGAUUACUUUGAAUGCUAUCAAAUCUGUAUACCAUAAGAUUGAGCCAUACAAAAGAAACUACAACUUUGAAAUUUUUGGAUUAGACUUUAUGAUAGAUGAGAAAUUCUAACCAUACUUAAUUGAAAUCAACACCAAUCCAUGUUUAGAAUUAAGUUCUCCUCUAUUAGGCAGAAUUAUACCUGCCAUGGUAGAGAAUGCCUUCAGGUAAUACAUGUAUAUUAUUAUGUAGAUUAUCUAUCGAUACCUUAAUUCCACCUCCAGAAUAGUCUACUUGGCCACCAAACAAAAAACAUCUAUUGUUUUAUGAUAAUAUGUUAGAGAAUAACAGAUUCUAAUUGAUUUUUGAUGAAAGAGAGGAUGCCCAUGAAUUAAAAAUGUUGUAUAGCAAUUAAUCAAAUGAUGAUCAAAUAGAUGAAAUGGAUGAAGAAGAAGAAGAAUAUCAGUCUGAUGAUGAUUGA